AUGGAAUAUUUUGUGUACAACAUUGAUGAAUACCAACCUUUGAAACAGGGAAAUGAAUUUGCACCAAUAUCGCCAUUUCGAAUGGUUGUAUCUGGAAGUUCUGAUUCAGGCAAAACCACUAUGAUCCUGAAUCUUAUAAUGGGUACUAAAAAGGUAGAUAAAGAAAAUGAGAUUUUUUUUAAUGAUCUUGCAAAAACUGAGGAUGUAUCAUUUAAGGCAUUAUCUCCUUCUGAAAUUCCAGAUAUCGAUACAUUUAAUCCUGAAAGAUCUACUGUUGUAAUAUUUGAAGAUCUUAUGCACGAAUCUAAAAAAAUACAGGAACAAAUUGCUAAAUAUUUUACUCAUGGACGCCAUAGGAAUAUAUCCCCAAUAUAUGUAGCACAAAGAUUCUUUGCCAUUUACAAAACAAUUCGGGAUAAUGCUACUUAUAUCUCACUUCAUAGAGGAGGAGGAUCCAUAUCUGAUCUCAAAAAUAUUAUAAGUCAAUAUACAGAGCACUCAGAUCAUCUAGGAUCAAUCAUAGAUGAUCUAACAUCAAAACGAGAAUUUAUUGUGUUUGAUCUUAGACGGUCCAAGAAUGAUCCACUAUCAAUCAGAGUUCGAUGGGAUAAACCAUUAGAAGUCCCAGAUGGAUUGAAAACUCAAAUUUCUGAUUCUUCAUCAAUUAAUAUUAUAGAUGAGUUAUCCCAGAGUAAAUUUAGCAUUGCAGGUAAAGAAGCAAUAACACAAGCUAAAAAAGAAAAUUGCAUUGUAGAGUUUGCUGGAAAUUUUCCUUUACCACCUGAACAACUUGGUGCUGGAUGGCACGAUUUUGCUCAAAAAAUCAAAGAGAGAGUAAAGCUAUUACAGAAUAAUGAAAUUUCUAUACCUCAAGUUGAUAAAUCCCGUCCAGAUAAAAAUUCAUAUUUUCUUCAUUAUAAAGAUCUUUUGGAUUCAAGGCCAUUGGAUGAAAAAAGAUAUAUAGAGGGAUGUAAAAUACUUACCUGGCUUCUUUCAAAUGGCCAUAUAGAUCAGAAAAUACAUCAUGUUGGGAUCAAAGAAUUGAAUGAUUCCCAAUAA